UAUAUAUAUUAUUGAUAAAUAGCUCGCGUCGCGUUGCCGAGCAUUGCCGAGUGCGACUUUCCGUAAAGCGUAAAGCGGCUCCGAGGAAAAGUGCCGACGGAACGUGCGCGUCUAUAUUGGCUGAUCGCGCGUGGUUUUAACGGCCAUCACCUCGCCGCCGUGUGCGAGGCGUUUCACGCGACGGUGUCUCGUGCGUGCGUGCGUGCGUGCCUCGGGCGUGCUUCUUUUGCGCGUGGAAGAAAGGAAACGGUGGCAGUCCGCCGCGCCGCGGAUGGCUGAUGUGUAGCACAUACGACGUACCGUGACGACAGUUACGUGAGAAGAGAGCGAGGGAGAGAGAGGGAUACGGGGACGUGGGGAGAGAGAGAGAGAGCGAGAGCGAGGAGAGAACGCGCGCGCGUCGCCUCGCAAACGGAGAUCGGUGGUGGACGAGAGCAGCCGAGCGCGAACGACGGGAUUAUCGUGUGCGUUUCUGGGUGUGACGGACGUGGUCGUAGUCCGAGAUCGGUGCGUGGCUCGUACCGGUGACAUCGUGCACGAGGUGGUGUUGUGCGCGAGAGUGGCCCCCUAGGGCCGAAGCCCAGGCAGCGUUCCCUCGCUAAAGCCUGCGGCGCUAUCCCACGAGAGCAUGCCGAGCCCGGCCACGAAGAGGAUGCAUUCGCAGAAGAAAAGCGGUACGCGGUACAGGACAGCUUCUAUCUCGACGCGCUUGGAAAUAUUUUAAUAGCGCCACGUCGUCAACUGUAGCGAGCGGUGAGAUACUGCUGCGAAUUAUUGCACGGGCACAAAGUCCGACUCUGGGGAAGUUGUCGCCCUAAAACUGAAUAGCAUCAUCAUUGCAACGACUACAAGAGAAUUGUUGUUAUCAUUGUCGUCAUCGUCGUUAUCGUCAUUGUUGUGGUGAGACGUCUUUUCGUUUAUGUUGCGAAAGGACACUUUGGGAUACGCUUAAGAAGACGUCAAGUAUGCUACGCUUCCUCGAACGUGGAAACGAAGAAAUCGGUAUCGUCUUGUGAUAAACCAUGGAAAUUCAUGAUCGAUAACAUGGGAGAUACAGUGGAAACAACGUAAUAACGUGGCCGCGGAUGAUGGCAGGUCAAUGAUAAACUGUUUAUUGAAAUAAAAGAGGAAACAGUUAGGACAAAGAGUCAAGUCGGAACAGUGUGAACAGGGUGACGCGACGGACGGUAAGGGAGGCAGCACAGAGCCGUAGUAAUGGAUGAAUGGGAGUGAGCGCGGCGCACGGGAAGUGCAGGAGCGGCGGACGCGCACUUUGUGGCACGUCGUGGGAGCCUCUGGAUGUGGAGGCCGCGGCACUGGCAGCGUCAGUGGCAGUGAUGGCCCCUGCUCUGACGGAAGGUGGUCCUCAAAAGCCUGAAAACUUGCUCCCUACCCUACCAGCCGCCAGCGGCUUUCUGUCCCCCGAUCAGGCCACGCAGGUGUGCCAAAACCGUGAGAUUCUCUCCAAGUUUGUGGUGCCAGCGAACGUGCAACCGUCGAAGAUCGACGAGCAGUGCUUGCAUGGUAUCUCAAAGGACCUCAUACGCGAUGUCAUUAACUCCAAGUACGCAAACAACCUCGACUCGCUAUCCGCGUUUACGAAUGCGUCCGACUUGAUCGGAUCGAGGAACGGUGCGGCGUGUUUGCAACAGCAGGCGGCGGCGCCGGCGGCGGCGGAGGCGGCGGAGGAGGAGGAAGAAGAGGAGGAGGACUUUGAGCGGCCGGUCACGCUGCCGGACGCCGGUCACGCCGAGGGGAAGGAGAUCGACAUUAUAAUGAACGACCCAUCUAUGGGUGAUCAAACGAACAACAUGGGUUUCUUGAAAUCGAGCGUGGACUUGCCCCUAGUGGCUAAUGAGACCGAAACGGAAGACAAUAAGAAUCUGGACGUCGAUCAGAUCAUGGCCUUCGGCACCGAUAUCGCGGCCGAGCAGUGCAACAUGGCGAAUGUCGCUGAUAUCGGGCACAACGUGGAGGAGAUUUUACAGGUCAUUAAUUCGAUAGAGGGCGCGGGGAGUACCGAGAACAUUUCUACGGACGGUGGUGAGCCAGUGCAAGGCGCUGUCGACAGCGUGGAAAUGUUUGCUAUGCCCGAGGAAGGAUUCGCGUCCUUCGAACGGGAUUUACUUAACGACGUGGACGUUAUGAGUCUUUGCAACGAUAAUAUGAAUAUCACAGUGGACACGGUGGACCAGCAAAAGUCCAACAGUUUGAGAAUGCAACAGGACAUUGUGGCACAGAAACAAUUCGAGAAUGAAAGGAGAUGCGCGUUUUUAAUGAGAAGACUGAGGAAACUUCAAAUGAGAAUAAUAGGCAGACACGUGGCAGAAGAGAAUACCGGUGUUCUCGAAUUAGCCCAUCACGGAGUAAAAAAAUAUCUUCUACAAGAAUUGGUUAAUAUUGGUUCGAAAUCCAACGUAAGAAACUUUCCUGAGAUUGGUGGUAGUUUACAUUCGUUUCUGCAGAAAAUUGAGAAAAUGUGUGUUGCUCAGAGUAAUAGUGUGAAUCGUCAAAGAGUGUGUCGAUACUUUGGUGGAGGGUCACGUGAUAACGUGGGUGGUACAUCUGGCAAUAACGGUAAUCGUCAGCCAGUAUUUGGUACCCCUCAGGUUAAACUAAAUGGUGAAGAAGUGGAAAAUAUGGCUGGAUCUUUGUCCACGCAAUUACAUAUUUUGGAAUCUAACUUGGAUUCGGACUGUACAGCAUCCAGCAGUGGUGGAGAAAGUUGCGAUGAAAUGCAGACAUUUAACAAUUCACAACAACAACGUCUGUCCAUAUCGAAAAGAGCAGCAUGGAGAUAUGCACAGGAUCGUGCAGGUGUAGCAUCACGGUGGAUCUGGCUACAGGCACAGAUAUCAGAUUUAGAAUACAAAAUUAGACAGCAUAACGAUCUGCAACGGCAGGUUAGGGCCGCGAAAGGCCUGGUCGUUCUUGAAAAUGCAGAAACCGUUAAUGGAUACAGUGGCGCUCUACCAGGUUCCACUGGACGAUGCAAUUCGUCCGAGGGCGAAUUACCAGCUAGUAGGACGCGUCCAUUUGUAUGGAAUUUUUAUAGAAAGCGAAAGCUUUUGCAAGUCGACAGGCUACACGAAGUUUCAAAGCGUGCAGCUAAAGCGUCAACAGUGAGAUGCAAUUGUGAUCAUGUAUUGCCUGCAUGUGCUUUAUGUACAGGAAGGCUAGAUCCAAUGCAGCCACAAGAACCAAUUGAACAGCUUUCUGUACAGGAACGUGUAGCACUUGUUGAUUCCAGUUUUCAUCCGGUGUUGUCAUUCUCUGAUGAAAUUGUACAUGGAACACAUUUAGAAGCUAUUAUGAAAUCAGUGGAGUGGCAGCAGAAAAUGUUGAGAGGCAAUUUGCGAGUUACCCGAGUGAAAGAUAAAGAUAGCAACGAACGAAGAAAUAAGAAACUUCCUAAUAGAACGAAGUAUACCGCGCGAUUAAAGAAAUCAUCCUCUACUAUUCUUACAGCACGGAUUAAGAGAAAAAUGUUAAAAAAUGAAAAGAGAAAUAGACUCAGUCACGAGAGAAGCGUGCCUGGAUUGAAUAAGAAAAAAGUAUCAAAGUUGCCGACUGAGGAUGACGACGACGUUAGCGCACUUUCAAGUUCCAGCAAACACUCAUCUCCAGUGCCUUCUCCAUUGCAACACGUUACUGCCUCGACGGAGAAAAACGUUGUUAAAGAGAAAAGUUCCAAUUCACAUGGGCGUUUGCGACAAAACUCGUACGACAUCGAUAAUAUAGUCAUCCCUUAUAGUGUCGCUGCUUCAACUAGACCUGAAAAGUUACAAUAUAAGGAGAUAUUAACACCAAAGUGGAGAGUGCGUGAGGAAUCCGCGAAAAUGGAUGUGAAGAACGGUGUGAUGCACAGGCCUGAUGAGGACAGUGACUUUGAAGAUUUGUCGGACGAAACGAUUGCCCUGAGGCAUGAACGUAGCGAACGCGAGGAAUACAAACGUAGGACAUACACGCCAAACCAAACACGUAUUCGUCAUAAUCGUCGUAUCGAUAGCAGAGCAGACAGCGGUGCGAACACGCCAGAUCCUAUGUCGCCGCACGCGAGCAGUGACUUUGGUGGAAACGUGACGUCUCCAAUCACGUCUCCACCUGCCACUCCGUCUCAGGUGCAGGACACAGAGUUAUCGGGUUUAGAUUCGCACCGAUCGUCUGCUUUACAAAAUUCUUUGCGACGUCGCACUAUGCCCUCUUUGAGACUUGGAAAAGACGAUGCCACGGCCGCAUUUACCGAAGAUGACAACGAGAUAUUGCCGUACGAUCCAAGAGUAUUCCCAUUAUCUGAAGAAGUUUAUGACAAGAUGUUGGAAGCGAUGCCGGACGGACACUGGCAAGCUUCGUCGACGUCUUUAUGUUCCCGCGAGGAAGAUAAGGGUGAUGAUGAAGCUGAAAUGGAUUCUCCCGAAUCGGAUUCGACCGAAUCGGCUUGUUGCGAUAUAGACGGUGAGGAUCCCAAUGAUCCCGAGUGGACAGUAGCUGAUGAUAGAGACACUGAAAAGGAGAGAAUACGUCCGACGGCUAAAAGAUAGGAUAUAAAACUCUUAAUAAGUACAGUAUGUCUACGUCGUUACUAUAUAUAUAUACAUAUAUAUAUAUGCAGAAGCUACCUGUCAAUUGUUAUAUAUACCUAUCGGUCAUGUAACAUUGCACCUUAAGUUAAUUAUG